AUGCCUCAUUGGUACGACCAUAUCAAACGAGCCGAAUCCCUAUGGACACGCGAGGAGAGGGUCAAUAAUCCCAGAUGGAAGGUCCUUUUCGAUUUGCUAGACCGCCUUGUUUACGAGCGAACAGAGGACUUUGCCAAAUGCCAAGCUUUGCUUUUCAACCAUCGAGAAGUAGAUGAACACUUGGGCUUGCCUUGGGAUCGUGGAACGUGGAAGCCGCUUCAUAUCGCCGCGUUUUUAGCACUGCCAAGUUGGACGGAACAUUUGCUGGAUCGUGGCGAAAGCCUCGAGGAGAUCUCCAACGACAGGACAGUCCUACAGGCGGCGGCAAAAGGCGAAGGCAGCAAGGAGAUUCUGGAGUUGCUACUGCAGAGAGGUGCCGACUCCAACGCGGAAACCGACAAACGCAUGCCGGCUGUCCACUCCUGGCUGUGGACGCUGCCGUCCUACGAGUGUAUGGAACUGUUCGUUCGACAUGGCGCCAAGCUCGACACCAUCGACAAAGUGAACGGCUGGUCAGUCCUCCACUACUUUGCAGAUACCGCUGAAGAUGUCAAAGUACUGGACCUGCUGUUGAAGGACGACGUCAACGGUAAUCAUGCCGAUAUCAAUGCAAAGGAUGAGGCUGGUGAGACGCCGCUACACGUGCUCAUGAGCAGGCGAGAGGUACCUGCAGAUAUACUGGCCAGCUUCAUCGAUCGUGGCGCUAAUGUCAAUGUCGAGGACAAGGAUUCAGAACGUCCUCUGUACGAAGCUAGCAUCGCUGGGGACCACGCAGCGAUGGAAGUGAUCCUCCUUAGUGUUACAGACAUCGAUGACCCGAACGACUACGGCCGAAGAGCGUUACAUCAAGCAGCCUGGUCGGGAUACACAGAUUGCGUAAAGACGCUUCUGAAGUGGAAAGCUGACCCGAAUAUUCUCGACAAGCAUGAUCGCACACCGCUCGACGAUGUCGAGCGUCGACUGACCAUCGAGCAAGCAGAUCUUCGCAAAGGUCGGACUGCACUUCACGCUGCGGCUUAUUGGGGUCAGGUUGGUUCCGUUCGACUUCUUCUCGAACAUGGAGCAGACGCCACUAUCAAGGAUAAAGACGGAAAGACUGCACUCGAGCUUGCCUGCGCACGAUGGGUUCUGUCGGGACAACAGCACUUCGAAGACACGAUCGAAUUGUUGGUUGACAAGGACCCUACUUCCGCUGUCAACGACCGUGAUCUGCACUCAUCAGCUGCUGCAAAUGGGAGCAAGCGCAUUCUUGAGAAGCUUCAUCAUCUUCAGGCCGAUCUCACAAAGCCUGAUGACUUUGGCUGGACAUCACUCAUGCUCGCAAAAGGGUUCGGACACACCGACGCAGAGAAAUUCCUGCAGAGGGUCGAUUCGGCUAGAGUAGAGACAUUGCCAACACGCUGGGUCAAUAUGCCUGCGCACGUCGAGGUCGAUGCCACAGGCACAGUACUGAAGUGCUCCUCCACAGACAUUCCUCCUACUGCCAUCUCGACUGACAAACCGCUUCGAGGUGACCUCAAGUCGUACUACUUCGAAGUGACAUCGAAGAAGAUGGAUGGUGUCGAACAGGCCACAUACCCAGAGAGGCCACAUACCCAGAGCUUGCCAUCGGCUUCUGUACGUUGGGAGCCGCAGCUUGAAGUUUUCCUGGCUGGGAACCGAGUCAGCACGCUCCCCAUGCGCGCUCCUAGUAGCGGUGAGGUUGAAGAGCGUGAUGAAUUACGAUGCGAGCCGGGUGAUACGUUUGGCUGUGGCGUUGAUUUGGAGGCGAAUACGAUGUGGGUCACGAAGAAUGGCGAGAAGAUUGAGAUGGACUUCUUCAAGAAUGUGUGA